GACGAGGAAACGAGGGCCCCGUUAAGUUAUCUGUGGUCGGUGGCGGAGGCCCUGGCUCAUCAAUUUGGCGACGAGAACGUAUAGUUAUGGGGGAUGCUGACUUAGAUGAUGUUGCCUUUCUCACAGGUAGAAAAUUAUCACGAAACGACAGCACUAGUGGUCGACCGCAACGUGAAGGCGUGGCAGUUUGCUCACAGAAACGGGCACUUUGUGUAACGGCAAUUGUCUUGGGCGCACUUUUAGCGAGUGCAAUAAUAAUUGCCUAUGCUGGACCACAAAGUGUCUGCCCAUGUGCCGGAAAAAUACCGCCUGGAUAUGUACCUGAGGGGGUCAACAGUACGGAACCAUUUCAGCCGAUUGCAUCAAACGGACAGCCAUUCCCGUGGCUGCAACCAUACUUACCUAGUCACAUUAGGCCUAUACGAUAUACACUGACGAUACAUCCGAAUCUAACAACAUUAGAUGUUAAGGGACAAGUAACGAUAGAACUCCAUGUAGACAAGGAAACAAAUUUUAUUGUGUUACAUGCACAAGACUUGAACAUAACAGAAAAGGCAAUUGUUGGACCGAAAGGCUACCAACUGAAGAUAGUUAAACUCCUAGAAUAUCCACCUAGACAACAGAUUUAUAUAGAGUUAAAGGAUAGAUUAAGGAAGAAAUCAAAUUAUACACUUAGCAUUCGGUGGUAUUCGCGACUCGUGCACGAGCCAGAAGGAUUUUACGUGGACGAGUACGACACGAGUGGAUUUCAACGAUUACUAGCUGCAACAGUAUUAGGACCAGGAACUGCUCGCAAGGCAUUCCCAUGCUUCGACGAGCCCCACUUGCGGGCUCCCUUCAAAAUAUCACUUUUUAGAGAUAGAUUCCACAUCGGGUUAUCCAACUCCCUUGUACAUACAACUGACGACGUUGGCUUUUACAUGGGCACGGGUCUGUUACGUGACGACUUUAAUGACACGCCACCGCUGCCUGCCGACGCGAUAUCCUGGGUCGUGAGUGAUUUUCGUCGCGAAAUUCUCGAGCCCUCAUCCACAUAUCAGACGACACGUGCGCCCGUCGUUACCUCGAUGACGCCAAAGCAGCUGAGUGCCCCAACGACCGCCAAAUCGCUCACGGACAACCUCGCGAAGGCAAAUGGCGACAAGAAACUCGUGCGCAACAUCACGGCAAUCUUGCGGGAAGGUCUUGUGGUGCAAGUGCCGCAUGCAAUUCAAUCGCACGACGCCAAACACGCAACCACCACGUCGGAAAAUUUGACUGUGGAAAAAAAUUCGACGAGUAAAAAUGGAAAUGGGCAGUUUGAGGUGACAAAAGCGCCGUCGUACACUUUUUAUGCGGCCAAUGACACACUGCCGAAGACGAAAUUUAUUUUGCACACAAGUCGGGAUGUCCUCGAGCAUCUUCAAGUGUGGCUCGGAGUGCAUUAUCCCUUGGAUAAACUCGAUUUUGUGGCUUUGCCGUCGCUAAAUGACGAACUUGUGAGCUCGCUGGGCCUCAUUUCGUGCCGUUCGUCGUUCUUGCGGGACGAAAAUACGAUCACGACGAAGGAAUUCCACAAAUCCGCCCUCGAAAUCUCAGAGGCAAUUGUGAAGCAAUAUUUUGGCGGAGUUGUUUCGCCGAAAAUUUGGAAGCACGCUUGGCUCUGGGAGGGUCUCAUCAAGUAUUUGUCCCGGAUUAUCCUGGCGCCGCUCCAACCUUUAUGGCCGAUGGACGAAUUGCACCUGAUGGAGACUGUCGUCAAGGCUUUGGACAACGAUGCGGUUCAAGGAUGGGAAAGUAUCUUGCUUGGCACGAGCGAAACCGGCAACAACGAGGAUUUUUAUGUGGAAAAAUCGGCGGGACUUUUGUCGAUGUUGCACGCGGCAAUGGGAGAGAACGAUUUCCGGGCGUGUCUCGGAACUUUUAUCAGCGCGUUUAAGUUCAACACGGCAGAACCGAUAGAUUUGUGGGCAAUUUGCAAGAAAAAAGUGAACGGAACGAAAAAUAUCAAGGAAAUGAUGAAUUUGUGGACGACGUUGCCCGGGUUUCCGUUGCUGAAUGUCACAAAAUCGGGACAAAAUGUGACGAUUAAGCAGAAACCGUUUAUGGCGGCAGAGUUUUUGACAAUUUUGGAAGAUCCGUCGUUCGAUAAUGAGACGGAGGAGGGAUCGACGACAACGAGCAUGCCAACGACGACGACAACGUUGUCGCCGAGGGAGAUGCGGAAGAGGAAGCAGGAGAAAUGGAUUUUCCCAGUGAAUUAUAUCACGAAUACCGAACAGAUUGCUGAUAGUUUUUGGUUUAAUACUUCGGAACUCGAUUUCACGAUAAACUACGACGUAAAAUGGAUCAAAAUCAACGCUGGUCAACACGGCUACUACCGAGUUUUGUACGACGAGGCUAAUUGGAAUGCCUUGAUUGAACAAUUAAAAAUCAGACAUGAUGUUUUCUCAGCCAAGGAUCGAAUUGGUUUGGUAUCCGAUGCAUUCACGCUAUGCCAUGCGAACUUAAUGUCUUGCCAAAUCACGAUGAAUCUCAUAUCAUAUCUACCGAAGGAACGGGACUGGGGACCAAUGACGAUUGCCCUGCGACAUCUCGAAAGAUGGCGAAAAAUCUUGAAAUAUUCCGAGUGUUACUUGCUUCUGGCGGAAUAUGUGAAAAAUGUGCUCGCCAAGUCCGUGAUGGAGGUGACGUGGGAAGAUAAGGACACGGAUGAGGUUCGUUUGCAGCGUCCCGAAGUGCUGAUGGCAACGGUUUUGUGGGAAGAACCCGAGGGCAUCAGACAAGCGAAGGAGUUGUUGCAUAAUCACAUCGUCAAUGGCACCGUUAUUCCACCUAAUUUGAGAUCGGUCGCCUACAUCGGUGCCGUUCUAUCGGGCGAGUUCCUCUACUGGCAAUUCUGCUGGGACCGUUACACGACAUUGCGAAAAGACAAGGACCGCCAAGAUGAGCGGUACGAACUUUUGCGCGCCCUGGGCGUCACGAAAGACGCCUGGCUGCAAAAUCGCCUUCUCACACACGUCUCAUCACUGCCACCAAACGAAAUUGCCGCAGUAUUAGAAGCCAUUGCCGGAACGCCAACGGGCGGCGCGAUGGCCUGCCGUUUCCUCCAGGCAAAGUGGUUCAGUUUGCAAUCGAAACUGGGCAAGGGAACAAUUAACUUUGCGCGUGCCAUAUCAGCAAUCACACAAUAUGGAGCAUCGAGAUUCGAUUACGACGAGCUCAAAUCCCUCGUGGAACGCUUCGGCGAAGGACCUGGCGUGCGUGCCCUUAAUAUGACCUUGAAAACUGUCGCUGGAAAUGUCGAAUGGGUCACGCGAUCACAAAGCUCCAUCUACACCUGGGUCGAAAUUAAUCUUGACCACAUUUAACUGAAAGAGACGGUCGUAAUCAACACAGAAUCAACUCCUUCUACUACAAUUUCUACAACUAGAGCCACGCCUGUCUUUUGUUAAACG